AUGGAUAGAGACGUAGAGAAAGCGGUACGUACCUGUUUGGACUGCAAAGUAGUUGGGAAAGCGGCACCGCCGGAACCAAUGGCGAUUAGAGAACUACCACAAAAGCCAUGGGAAGAUUUGCAUCUGGAUAUUCUUGGACCUCUGCCUUCAGGAGAAUCGCUGUUGGUGAUCAUCGACCCUUACAGCCGAUAUAAAGUCAUCGAAGUGAUGCGACAAACCACAACAUCGGACAUUAUUGCCAGAUUGCGUCCUUUGUUUAUGAGACUAGGAGUUCCUAGAAUACUGUUGACAGAUAAUGCAAGGAAUUUUACCAGCAAAGAAAUGGAAGACUUUUGUGGGGAGUUUGGAUUAACGCUGCGUCACACCACGCCAUAUUGGCCACAAGCCAAUGGUGAGGUCGAGCGUCAGAAUCGAAGCAUUCUCAAAAUUCUACGGAUAGCGGAACUCAACCAAUCAGACUGGAAGAAAGACUUGGAAGAAGACAACUACGUGUAUACAUUGACACCUCAUCCGGCGACAGGGUAUUCUCCAGCCGAGAUUCUAUUUGGACGAAAACUACGCGACUGGAUCCCACAACUCUCUCAAUCAAGUCAAGGCUUAAAUUACGAAGUAAGAGAUAAUGACAGAAGGUACAAAUUCAAGUCCAAAGUGCACUAUGAUGCGGUGAAAAGAACAAAGGAGUCAAAUUUACGUAUUGAUGAUCGUGUGCUUAUGAAGAACCUGAACCCUGCCAAUAAGUUGACGCCAACUUUCCAUUCAGAGCCAGCACGUGUGGUACAGAAGCAGGGAAAUUCCAUUGUUGUCGAGACACCUGCAGGGCAGAGAUACCGACGUAAUUCGUCUCACCUGAAGAAGCUGCAAACUCAGGAAUGCACCGAAACUGAUCAUGUGGAGGAAGACGAUGUUGAAGAAACUUUAGACUGGAGUCACCCUUGGACCAGCAGCGAGAAUCGCCUGGAUCGGAAAGUGGCAAACGUACACCAUCGGUUCCAGAGCCUGAUCUGUCCUCAACGAAGAUGA